AUGUGCAAGAACGACAAUCAAAGAGCUCCCGGAGAGAAACUUAACUGCCGCGAGGAUGAUCGCAAGGAAGCCAAACAACAUGACGAAUAUGCAAUUGGGACGUAUUUGGAAGCUAAUACCGGCAGCGAGCUUGUAGGACAUGUGCCAAUGGAACUAUCUUACCUCAUCUAUACAUAUCUGAGAGCUUACGACGAUAAUGAGGUUUCUGCUAAAGUAACAGGGUCAAGAAGGCUGGAGAACGGACUUGUUACGCCAGGAACAUUGAAAGCGCGGGCACCAAGCAGGACUAUUGCCACGAAGUUUGAGCGGGAGAUUUUGCGGCUCAAAGAACUUUGCGCCCAGAUGGACAUUUCAGUUGAAACUUUGAGAAAAAUUCCAACACAACUUAACGACAACGACCAAACAGAGUUACCAGAGGGUUUGUUUGAUGGUUUAAGAGCAUUGACACGACUAUGGCUGCAAAAUAACGGAAUCAGGAAGCUUUCUAAACACGUUUUCAAAGAUUUGACUAGUUUGGAAGAGCUGGACCUGUCUAGUAAUAAGGUUGAGAAUCUGCCACAAAACGUCUUUAGCAACCUUACAAAUCUCAAAAACCUGUUUUUAUCCAAAAACCAAAUUGGAGAAUUACCAUCAACGAUAUUUGAUAACCUGACCAAGCUUAAGGCAUUAAAAAUAGAGGAAAAUAAGUUAAUAAAGCUCCAUCCAAAACAAUUUCGCGGACUGGCACAGCUGUCUGAGCUCUAUCUGUCGGGAAACAAACUCGGAAAUUUGCCAGAAGGAAUUUUUAAAGGCCUAAAGGAGCUUCUGAUUCUAGAACUCUUUGACAACGAAUUGAGGAAUGUUUCCAUCAACAACUUCAACGAAAUCAGGCAGUUAAAAAUUCUAUAUUUGCAUUAUAACUACAUGAGGGAGAUUCCCUACGGAUUUUUUAGAGAGUUGAAGGAUAUAUUACGAGUGAGUUUGGACACAAAUCUGAUGUGUUGUCAUAUGCACAAGGAGGACGCUGAAUGUGCUUUCAUUGAUAACGACGACUUUGCCAACUGUGAGAGCAUGUUUAAGAAUUCUGCCCCGAGAAAGAGUAUCUGGGCGAUAGGAAUCUUUUCUCUGGUUGGUGCAGUGUUUGUUAUCACUUGGCGAGUAAUCUUUAAAGAAAAGAACGUAGUUCAGUCCAUCAUGUUGCUCCACUUAGCAGUGUCCGAUGGUUUGAUGGGUAUUUACCUGGUCUCUAUUGGCACUAAAGAUCUGUUGUGGAGAGGAGAGUAUUACUUGCAUGACUUCCAGUGGAGGUCUGGUUUGUCUUGUCAAAUAAUUGGAGCGAUCUCCCUCUUGUCAAGUGAGGUGUCGGUUAUGAUGAUGACUCUGAUAUCUGCUGAUCGGCUUAAAAAUAUUGUGUUUCCUUAUCAGGGUGCUUCUCUGAAACCAAAGGCAACACAUAUCCUAUGCAUCAUCAUAUGGGCAAUUGGCUUCCUUAUGGCCUUUUUGCCCAUGUUUGGUAUUCAGUAUUUUGAAGACCCUUUCAGGUACCAUAGUUAUUAUGGCAGAAGUGUGGUAUGUCUGCCCUUGCAGCUUACUUCUGAUAAGCCGGCAGGUUGGGAGUAUUCUGUCGCUAUCUUUCUCGCUUUGAAUUUCGCUUUUUUCUUGUUCAUCAUGGGUGCUUAUCUCAUGAUACUAGUCAAGUCUUACUUGUCUAGCCGGCGACUGGCCCGUCAGGGUACUGAAAGAGAGAUCCAGGCCAGAAGAGCAAACUUUAGGAGGGAAACGGCUCUUGCAAGGCGGGUGUUUUUCAUCAUCCUGAGUGAUUGUGUGUGCUGGAUGCCGGUGAUAGUGAUUGGUAUGAGGACCAUCAUCGAGAAGUCUUACAAAGCGCAAGGAGACCUCGCUGUCUGGAUUGCUGUGUUUGCCCUUCCGAUCAACUCGGCCUUGAAUCCUAUCCUGUACACCUUUUCAACAGAACAGGUCAGAGGCAUUCUGAAGAACAAAAUGGAAAAAGUUUGGAACUACUUGAAGACCGUUUUCACCUGCUGUGGUCGUGAUCAGGAAGGAGAUGGGGAGCAACCGAACCAACAGGGAAUAGAAGACAACGAACAACAAGGCGACGAGGGAGGAGAAGGUGGGGGUGAACAAAUGGAACUGGUACAUGUUGGUGUGCAUCAUCCCUUACUGGGAGGGCUGCAGUUUUCUAAUCCAAUGCCAAGGAGAUGGAGAACAACUGAACCAACAGGGCAUGGAAGACAAGAAGACAUUGAACAACAUGGCGGCUUGGGAGGGGAAGUCGAGGGUGUAGUUAUCGAAGUGGCAAAUGUUGAUGUGCGUCAUUCACAACAGGGAGGACUUGAUGAAGCCGAAAGAAUCGAACCGGCACCUAUUGGGUAUGCUGAUCCAAAUCAAGGAAAACGGAACCAGAGUUUGAAAAAAGGAGACGAUAAAUUCAGGCAUUCCACCGAAAAGAAAUUGACUGAGAAAGCAGCCAGAGUAGGCCUUCAACUUAAUUCAAGAAAGUGCAAGACACUGAUUACUAAGGUUGCUAGGGACAUGGUGAGCAUUGUGGUGGAUGGUAAAGAAGUGGAAGAUGUCGGGGAGUUUGCUUAUCUUGGAGCCAUUGUAGACAAGGAAGGUGGAGGCAGUAAAGAUAUUAGGAACAGAAUGCAGAAGGCAUGA